AUGACGAAGGGAAUUCACAUAGACCCUGACAAGGUGCAAGCUAUUCAAGAGUUUCAACCACCUAGGAAUCUCAAGGAAUUGAGAGGACUGCAAGGACGUCUGGCCUACAUCCGAAGAUUCAUCUUAAAUCUUUCGAGUAAGUGCCAACCCUUCUCUAAGCUGAUGAAGAAAGGUGUUUCCUUUGUGUGGGAUGAACCUUGCCAACAAGCAUUCGAUGAGAUCAAGACUUAUCUCUCGAAUCCACCAUUCUUGGUGGCCCCGGUUUUGGGAAAACCAUUCUUGAUUUAUGUGCGGGCAAUAGAGCAUUCUCUUGGCACCCCCUUAGCACAGAAUGACAAUGUUGUCCACGAACAAGGUAUCUAUUACCUGAGUAGAACCUUGUAG